AUGCAGACUUGCAAGUUUAAAAAAUAUAUUAUGAGAUACAAAAUUGAAAAUAUUAAAAUAAAAUUUAAAGGGCCCGGAUAUUGGGGUUUGAUGAACCCUCAGUGGAACAUGUGCUCAAAAGGGCGUCGACAAUCGCCUAUCAACGUGGAGCCGGAUAAGCUCUUAUUUGAUCCGUAUCUUAGGCAUAUACACAUAGAUAAACAUAAAGUGAAUGGUAUGCUUCACAAUACUGGACAAUCGCUGGUGUUUCGUAUAGAUAAAGACAGCAAAACUCUUGUUAAUAUAACUGGAGGACCCUUAGCGUACAGAUACCAAUUUGAAGAAAUCUAUAUCCACUAUGGUAUAGAAAACCAACAGGGAUCCGAGCAUUAUAUCCACGGAUACUCCUUUCCUGCCGAGCUUGCUGAAAUUGAAUAUGAAGAAAACAGCGAAAGUUUGGAAAACCUCGAUGAUAGUGAAGGAAGUGAAUUUGAUGAGGUAGAGAUACAAAAUUAUAACACGGAUAGUGAAAUGUCGGCGAGUUCUGAAGAUGAGGGGGACUAUAUUCCUUGCCUCCCCGUUAGUAUAUCACGUAGUCCUACGUAG